GAUCCCAAGAAGAAGAAGAAGCAAAGGCAAAGUAGCCCGGAGAGAAAGGCUGCAGAGGAUCCCAAGAAGAAGAAGAAGCAAAGGCAAAGUAGAAAGGUUGCAGAGGAUCCCAAGAAGAAGAAGCAAAGACAAAGUAGCCCGGAAAGAACGGCUGCAGAAGAUUCCAAGAAGAAGAAGAAGAAGCAAAGGCAAAGUAGCCCGGAGAGAAAGGCUGCAGAGGAUCCCAAGAAGAAGAAGCAAAGGCAAAAAAGCCCGGAGAGAAAGGCUGCAGAGGAUCCCAAGAAGAAGAAGAAGCAAAGGCAAAGUAGCCCGGAGAGAAAGGCUAUAGAGGGUCCCAAGAAGAAGGAGCAAAGGCAAAGUCGCCCGGAAAGAAAAGCUGCAGAAUAUCCCAAGAAGAAGAAGAAGCAAAGGCAAAGUAGCCCGAAGAGAAAGGCUGCAGAGGAUCCCAAGGAGAAGAAGAAGCAAAGGCAAAGUAGCCCGGAGAGAAAGGCUGCAGAGGAUCCCAAGAAGAAGAAGGAAGCAAAGGCGAAAAAGUCCGGAGAGAAAGGUUGCAGAGGAUCCCAAGAAGAAGAAGCAAAGGCAAAGCAGCCCGGAGAGAAAGGCUGCAGAGGAUCCCAAGAAGAAGAAGAAGCAAAGGCAAAGUAG